AUGAGCGAGUUAAAUAUUGAAACUUCUACAACUGAAUCUGUUGUAGUUUUAUCUGAAGCAUUAUCAACAUCAACACUUCCUUCUACUUCAUCUUCAACUACUAUUGAUGAUGAAGCAAGACGACGUAAAAUCUUGAGUAAAUUAUGGGGCAAGGGUAAUAAAUUAUCACACAAAGUACGAGAACUUGAUAAAAGUACCAUUAAUAAUAGCAGUGAUUCAUCAAUUCAUAUUGAUAAUGAACAAAAACAAAUAGGUGAAAAUUCUAAUAAUCUCUUAGCAUCUUCUUCUAUGAAUGAUCCAAAAUCAUCCACAGAAGAUAGUUCGAACAGUAUUAAUAGUAGUAAACCAUUGGCUGUUGUGAAACCGAUUGUUGUUGUUAAAUCUGGCCUGAUUAUUUCUUCUUCUACUGAUCGAACACGAAUAAAUAGUGAAGCAUCAUCAACAACUAUUACACAAAUACAUGAAACAACAAUAACAGUGAAUGAACGACAAUCAUCAACAACAACAACAAUUGAUCGAACAUCAGAUAAAAAGAAAAGAAUUCGUAAAAAUAAAAAUUCAAAAAAGAAGAAAACAACAAGAGAUCAAUCAAUAGAUCGAGAGCGAUCAGCCGAACAAAAUCGAUCACAUCAUCAUCAUCAUCAUCAUCAACAUCAAACGGAUAGUAAUAAAAAAAAUAGUUCAUCAUCAAAAACUAAUCGACAAGAACACGAUGAAGAUAUAUCAAUUAAUAAUAAUAAUAAUCAUAAAUCUUCACGUCCUCAUUCAUCAUCAACAAUUUCUUCAAAUAAAAAUAAUCGACAAUCACCAUCCGAUGAUAGUCAUCAUACAAAUCGACAAUCAAAUCGAUCGACAACAUCAAAAAAAGAUGAAUCUUCAUCUGUACAUAAAUCAAUAUUAUCACCAGUUGAUCAUCAUCAUAAUCGUUCGAAUUCGAAAUAUGAAAGUAAUACUAAUCACAAUUAUUCUUCUCAUCGUCAUCGACGUAGAUCAUCAAUAACACUUUCUCCAUCACCACCAUCAAGAUCGUCUUAUUCAACAUCAAAUAAAGAUCGAUUACAAACAAAAAAUUCUUCAUCACCUAAGAAAGAUGAUCGUCAUUCAACUACACAAAUUAAAUCAAAUCGACAACAAAAUAAUUCAAUUUCGCAUAGUAAAUCAAUUAAUUCCCAUUCACCUUCUGAUUCAUCUUCAAAACUACGUCGUCAUGGUUCAGAUAUAGUUGUUGAUGAUGAUACUCAUCGAUAUAAAACACGAACAAGUGAUGAACAUUUAACAAAUUCUUCUAAAUCACAAAAAUCAUUAGAAAUUUCUCCUGAAGAUCAUCAUAAUCAUCAUCGUUCAUCAUCAACAUCUAUUGUUAAACAAGAAAAAUCAAAAACAAUACAAAAUAAUGAUAAAAAUGAAAUAAAUCAAGAAAAAUCAUAUUCAUCACGACAUGAUCGACGUAGUUCUAGUCGACAUCGUUCAAAAUCAAAAGAAAAUAAAAUAAAUCGAAAACCCAUCGAACCAUUAAGUUCUGAUGAUAGUUCUACUAAUCAAAAUAAAAUAAACAAUGAAAAAAGUUCUACAACAGUCAAUGAAAAUUCUCAUAAUGAUAAAAAAUCAAAUCAUCGAUCAUCUAUUCCAUCUUCAAAUAAUGAUCAUAGAAGAAAAUCUUCUUCAGAUUAUCAUCGAUAUGAUCGUCAUGAUUCACCUUCAAAUUAUGAUCGAAGAAAUGAUUAUCAUCAUCAUCAUCAUCGAAUACCAUCUUCACAUUCAUAUUAUCCAUCAACUCAUUAUGUUCAUCAUCAUCAUCAUCAUCAUUAUCGAUCGACAUCAUCAAGAUAUUAUGAUCGACGUCGUUCAAUAUCACCUCGUUCUCAUCAUCAUCAACGUCGAUCAAGAUAUUUUUCUUCAACAUCAUCAUCAUUAUCUCCUUCACCACGUCGUCGAAGUUCAAGUCGAACAUCAUCUUCAUCAUCUCAUAGUCCAUCAUCUUAUUCUUCUAUAUCUCGAACAUCAUCAUCACGUUCAUCAUCAAGAAAUAAUAAUAAUCAUCAUUAUUAUCAUCAUCAUCAUGAAAAAAAAUUUCAUCGUUCACCAACACUUGAAAAAAUAUUUCUUAAAGCAUCUGAAUCAAUUGAAUCAAUAUCUACACAAAAAAAUCCAAAUAUAUUAUCAUCAUCUUCAUCAACAUCAACAACAACACAUUUAAUACCAAUUUCAACAACAAAUAUUUCAUCUGAUAUGCAAAUAUCAUCAACAAUAAAUUCUCAUUCAGAAACAAAUACAUUUUAUUCAGAAAAUUUUACUGGAUUUUCUAUUCCACCACCACCAUUUAUAUCACAACCACAACAACGUUGUUUGAAAGAAAUAACAACUGAACCAGUAAUAUCACGUCGAUCCGUGUUAAAUGAAGUUCAAUCAUCUACUUCAACAAUUCAUGAUGAAGUAAUACCAAUAAAAACUGUUCAAUCAAAUGAUAUUUCAAUUCGUUCUGGUUCAAGUAAACCACCACGAAUAUCUCGAUUUUCUGAUAUAACAUCAUCAAUAAUAUCUGAACCAGCACUAAAUACUAAUUUAUCUGUUGAUACACCAUUAAAUUAUACUCAAAUAAAUGAAAAUAUUAAUUGUUUAUCAUCAUCACGUCGUCAACAAAAACGUCAUAAUCGUGAAGUAAUGGAAUGUGAAUGUACAACAAGUGAAUAUGAUCGUUCACGUGGUAUAAAAGCAUGUGGACAUGAAUGUCUUAAUCGUAUGUUAUUAAUUGAAUGUGGUCCAAUGUGUCCAUGUGAACAAUGGUGUACAAAUCGUCGUUUUCAACGACGUUCAUAUGCAAAUCAUAAAUUAGCUUUAUUUAAAACUGAAAUGAAAGGUUAUGGAUUACGAACAAUUGCAUCAAUACAUAAAGGUCGUUUUCUUGUUGAAUAUAUUGGUGAAGUUAUUGAUAUGGAUGAAUUAUCACGUCGAAAUAAAAAAUAUAAACGUGAUGGAAAUAUACAUCAAUAUGUUAUGUCAUUAAUACAUGGAACAGUUAUUGAUUCAACAAUUAAAGGUAAUUGGGCUCGAUUUAUUAAUCAUUCAUGUGAACCAAAUUGUGUUGCUGAAAAAUGGCUUGUUAAUGGUGAAUAUCGUAUGGGAAUAUUUGCUAAACGUGAUUUAAAUAUUAAUGAAGAAAUAACAAUUGAUUAUCGUUUUGAAACAUUUGGUACAAGUGAUUUAAUAAAUGAAAAAUGUUAUUGUGGUGCAUCAACAUGUCGUGGUACAAUAAGUGUUAAAAAAAAUAAUAAUAAUAAUGCUUUAAAUCAACGACAAAAUCGUCAACAACCAUUAGAUGAUGAUGAAAUACUUAAUUAUUUACUUGAUGAUAAUACAAAUGAAUAUAUUAUACCAAAAACAAUUGAUGAUAUUCGUCAAUUAAUACAAAUUAUGUCAAGAACAGAUAGUGAAAAUGUUCGAACUAUUGAAUUAAAUCUUAUUAAAAAUAGUUCACAAAAACAAUUUGAAUUACCAAGAUUAUUUUUAGAAUGUAAUGGUUUACAUGUAUUAUGUUCAUGGAUGAAAGAUAUAUUAAUUGAUGAUGAUGAACAACAAUAUACAAAUGAAUUUAAAUAUCAUUUAUUAGAUUUUAUUCAUACUGUUUUACCAAUAAAAGAUCGUACAAUUGUUAUUAAAAAUGGUUUACUUGAUUUAGUUUAUAAAAAAUUAAAAUUACCAAUAUCAACAAUAGAUAAUCUUGGUAAUAAUGAUCAAGAACAAAUUAAUAAUUUAAUGAAUUCAAUCCUUAAUCAUCUUGAUGAUCCAAUUAUUUCAAAAGUUUUUCAUCUUUAUUCAACAUGGAUGUCAUUAAAAGAACGUUAUAUUAUUCCAAAACGAAAAGAACCAGAACAACCAGUAAAUCAUCAUCAUCGCCAUCAUCAUCAUCAUCAUCAUCAUCAUAGUUCAAAAUAUUCAUAUGAAGAAACGAAUUCUAGAUUUAAUUUUAGUACACGUUCAUCAGUAACACAACAAAAACCAAAUGAUCGUCCUUUUACAAAACGUUCAUAUGUUGUACGAGAAACUCCACGUACAACACAAGAACAACAAUUAUCAAAAGAUGAACGAAGAAAAUUAUUUGAACAACAAUAUGAAGAUGCAGAAAAAGCAAAAGCAGCGGCAGCAGCUGCAGCAGCUAAUAAUGAAAGUCCAGGAGUACAAAAUGAACCACCACAGAAAAAACAACGAACAUCAGAUAGUACGGAACCAAUGGUUCCAAGUACUCCACCUCAACUACAAUCUUCAACAGUGCCAAAUACCAUUCCUUGGAUAUUUCCAUCAAAUGCAAUUUAUCCACAACCAAUAGAUCAAACAUAUUGGAUUCAUCAACAUUUAUCACAAAUUCCUAUUGAUUAUAUUCGUUCAUAUAUGGCUUCUAUUGGUCAAUCAAUAUCAGUAUCAAAUACUUCAAUUGAUAAAGAUGAACCACCUCUUCCUCCACCACCGAAACCUGAUAAUGAAAAUGAAUUAUCACGUAUUAUUUAUUUACCAUCGGGUUGGUCUGUUGCGAUGUAUCCGUCAGAUUCUUCUGUUUAUUUUUAUAAUCGAAAAACAAUGGCUACUAGUUGGAUACCACCGUCAUUGACAGUUUCUACUGAACAUUCACUUUCACUUCCACCACCACCUCCAUUACCUCUUGACUUAAGUCCACUUUCAUCAGCUCAAAUUCAUGAUCAACGUCGUCCACAACAUGAUCAACAACAAGUUUCUUCUUCAUCUCGUUCAUCUAUGAAAUUAUUAAAACAUUCUCAUCGUCAUAAUCGUAAUCAUCGAUAUUAUCAUCAUCAUCAGCAUAUGAGCAGUAAUAAUAAACGAAAACGACCUUCAACCAUUGAAUCGACAACUGUGGUUAAAGAAGAACUUAAUUCACAAUUGAAAGAAGAAACAUCAAUCAUUGUUUCAAAUGAACAGUUUAAACAAGAUGAAAUUAACGAUAAAAAAUCGAUAAUAGAACAUACCGAAGAAAUGUCUGUUGAUGUUUCAAAAAUAUCCAUUGAUGGAAAUAAUGAAAAUAAUGUGUCAAUAACAGUGAAAGAAUCUUCUGAAAUAAAUGAUAAUAUUGAUAAACAAAUUUCUUCAAAUUCUAAUACAUUAUCGUCUUCAUCAAAAAUAAAUCGUGAUCUUCUUCGUAAAAAUAUUUCUCAACAUGUUCAUACGACAUUAAAACCAUAUACUAAACGAACAUGUAAACAAGGACGUAUUGUAUCAACUGAUGAUAUUAAAUAUCUUGUUAAAAAAUUUACAUUAGCUGUACUUGAUAAAGAAAUUGAAAAAGCUAAAAAUGAUGGAAUUCCAUUAUUACCUACAUUAACUGAACGUGUACGAUUAAAAACUGAAGUUUAUGUUAAAAAAUAUAUGAAUAAAAUGGGUCCGGUAUUUCAACGACAUGAUACAACUGUUCAUCCUACUUCUCAACCACCACAACAACCGAUGACGACAACAACAACAACAACAUCAAAUCCAGAAUAA